AUGUUUCGCAUAUGCAGCGUGUGGUGCUCCAAUGCCCUACACAACAGUACCCCAUUUGUUGACGGCGCUCUGCAGCUCAUGAAGCUACACCUGGCUCACCGGAACGCUGUGGCCGACAAGAACAAAGCUGCGUGCCACGCAAUAGAGCAGGAAUUUUUUCGCGAGGUGGAGGUGUUUCGCCCUUGCUUCACCAUGGCUGCCUCGUUGGAGGUUGCACAACAGUACUCCAAGAAACUUUACGCAGCGCUCAAGUACUUCCGUAUGGACGAUGAUCCGCUUAUCCGCCAGCUGGACUUGCUCCUGGGACGAAAAGGAAUGCGGGAUGGACGUCAUAGGGAUCAGCGAGGCUUCUUCAAGGGUGCCCACACAUCCUACGCGUCUGCGUUCGGCAAGGUCGCGGAGAGCGCGCACAAUAACUUAGAAGAGCACGUUGAAACAACGCUGCCGACCGAGCUGCCGCAUGCACCAAAGGUGGACCUGACUGCUCCCCGACGCCCUGGUGCGCUUUGGAUCAACCAGCGUUACAGAGGACACUGGGUACUCCAAGAGCCCGACAUCGCCAUCACGCGCAGUGAGCGCCGCGAGGAUCCGUGGUAG